AUGGGCAAUCUGACUUUCGGCGUUGGCCAAGAGGAGGUCAUUCUGACUGAUUCUCUAAUUGACAACGUUGAGCGAAGCUGCUUAAGUGAUGUAAAGGAGCCACUUCCAUGUCGACCCAGGAGAAAAUAUGCUGAUAAAUCAGAUCGUAAUAGUGUCAAUUGUUUAGUCACACAAUCCAAUGGACAUUCUCGCCAACACUGCAGUCAGCGGCACAAACGAUUUCACCAAUGCAGCUGCCGUGCCUACCUACGCCAUUCCACAGAACACCGAAAACGCCCAGCCACUCCGAUUGUACAUUUUAUUCCAACCUCUAGUCUUCCAUCACCGGUAGAUCUUUCUACCGGCUAUUCCGUCUCUGAUGCCUAUUCCCGGCUGGAGUGUGCCGGGCCUUCACUGAAUACAAUUUCCUAUUCUGUGGCCGCCAUCACCAACCUCAAUACAUCCAGUUUUUGCCGGAAUCAGAAGCAGAUUGGCGAGGUUGAAAGGGUUGUUGAGGCAAAAGCGAAUAAACUUAAUUGGCACAGCGAUAGUCUGAAAGCAGGCAUUAUCAAGAGGACGAGCGAAAUGACACUUGCACAGAAUUCUACAGUUAAGCCGGAAAUUUGUCUACAAGAAGCAAAAGUCUCGGCUGAAAAGAGCGAGGUUCUUGACCUAGGGCUAAAAUACCAGACCCCGAACCUUCCAAGUAAGCGUCUGGUCAAG